GGCACUCCUGAUGUCGUGGGCGGGUCUAAACCGCCGGGAUCCGGAAGCGCUUCGCGCUCUAAGGCCAGCUCUUCUCGGUCUCUGGACCUCUUUAGGGGUCGGACAUGUCGGCUCGUCGGAACCACGUGUUUGUUGAAAAAGUGCUGAAGAGGCUUUUUCCUAAUGUUCCAAGUGGCCAAGAUACGGGGACACCUCAGACUCUGGCUUUGGAAACAGCAUCCAAGAAUGUUACCUCUGAGACAGUACAAGAAAAGCAUAUUCAUCAUUUGACAAAUCGUGACAUUAAGAUCCAGCCAGAAUGUCGGCUCUAUACUGUGAGUUUGCCUCCUGAGGGGUUUAUCCCCUGUUUGCCAGAACCUCCCAACUGUACAAAUUCUGACAAUGCUUCUAGUGGUGGUGACACAGAAGAUCUGGACCUUCAUGAUCAACCAAAAAGAAGAAGAAUUAGAAGGCGUAAAUCAAAGAAAAAAGUUAAAAACCCCAAUGAUGUUAUAGAACAAGCAGAAUUAGAGCAACAGCAGAGUCUUUCACAAGAGAAAUUGCACCCACAGCACACAGAUGGCCCCACGAUGAGCAGAAAUCGAAGAAGAAAGCUGAAGAAGAAGCUGCAACUCAGGAGGAAGAAAGCAGCCGGCUUCGUCACGAAGGCCUGCAGUGGUAGUUUCAUGUAUCAGCCUGAGGAGAGCAGCAGUGAGCAGGAGGAUGUGGGAAGUGCUGCAGGCGAGGCAGAAGAUCCUCAGGAAGAGGACACACUCACAGACACCACUCAGGAUAUCACUGAGCUUGCCCACAGCAAGGCAGACAGCAUCCUAAAUUUUCUGAAGUCAACACAAGACAUUUAUUUUUAUGAUAGUAUUUCUACGGACUCAGAUUCAGCUGUAUGUAUGGAAGCUACUGAGGAGCUACUUCACCUCCUUGGGUCUCACAGCAUGCCUCCCUCAGAUGUGCUCGUUCUGGAUCACAUGAAAACUCUGCUGCUUCUGCAGGACACCAAGAGACUAAAGAGUGCUCUGAAGAUGUUCUCAGAACAUUGUAUGAUGUCACCCAAGCAUGCCAAAGUAAUCUUAGCUUUCUUUAACUAUUGGAUCACACAUAUCCUUCCUGAGAAAAACAGUGAGUAAAAUCAGUGUCUCAUGAAGAAGAGCUAAUAUGGAACAAGAAGACAUAAGAUACAGAUGUGGCAUAGCCUGAGAGUUCAUACUCAAAGAUUCACUUUCUUUGGGACUUUGAAGAUAUUUCUACCUUAUUAUUUAUUCUUAUGUUUAUGUAUCAUCUGAGACUUUAAAUGAGAAACUGAGAUAAAAUAGAAAACUUUCACUUCCUAUAAACUACUAUAAGCUAACUAUUGUUACACCUGUCUUAAAUUAAUUACUACAUAAAACUUGUUUUUCUGGUGCCUGUAACAAUAAAAAAUUGACAUUAA